GCUCCUAGCAGCGAGAAUCCCACCGAGAACGAUAAUGCAUCUCUACUAUGUCGUGGCUUUUGUUGUCGCAACUCUGCUCGCAAGUGUGGAGGGCUCUUCGAUGGAAACCGAGUCCAAAGAGGUGAACCCUACCGUCCAGCUUGAUCGAGUGCUGAAGAGUUCACUGAGAGCAGAGAAGGUGAUGGAACCCAACGACGAAUUGGAAGAAGAGAGGGGGAAGUUUUCCGAGUUCUUUACCAAAUUAUCUAGUAAACUGACCAGGCGGAAGAAGAAGGUUGACCCGAAGGUGCUUGCGAAGGCUGAUGAUCUGGUAAACUCGCCGAAGGUUGACCCGAAGGUGCUUGCGAAGGCUGACGAUCUGGUAACCUCACCAAAGCUUGAUCCGAAGGUGAUAGCGAAGGCUGACUCGAAGGUGGCGACGAAUGCGGUGAAACCGGUCCCGAAGCAACUAACGGCCGUUAAGGAGAUGCCUGAGGAGAAGAGCUCGGAAGCCGUGAGGAUGAUCAAUGGUUUCGUGAAAGACAAGAAAACACUCGAUGAUGUAUUCACCUCUCAGGUAAAUACAAAGUGGGAGAAUACUCUGUUCAAAGCGGAUGGGCUGCCCAUGUACGUCAGAUUCAGCGAGCUGACCGCCAAGCAAAGAGGUCACGAUACCUAUGGAGUCAACUUACUCGUGACCAAAUAUGGGCAAGAAAAGCUGAUGCAGGCUGUCAACACUGGGCUGAGCAGCGGAGAUGACCUCGCUGUUGCCACCGCCGACCGAUUGCGAGCUGGUUUGCUCAAUAGGUGGUGGAAUGAGAAGAAGGAUCCAACAGAAGUCGCUCGAUUAUUGAAGGGAGGGAACACAGUAGUGCCCAGCUUCAGUAAGGAGCUGGUGAAGAAGUAUCGUGGACAGUACAACGCGGCGUACAUAUCUAGUUUGAAGCCCUAGCUGAACGGUCAGUAGCCAUUGGACAAUCAGAUCGAAUACACUUACAUGUUAGAAUGUGCUAGA